AUGGAAGACGAUGAUAUGGAAUAUUUGGAGGCCGCAGGUUCGGAUGAUGAUUAUGGCCUAGAAUACACGGACGAAGACGACGAAGGGGUGGCGGCUGGGGCAGAUAUGGAAAACCAAUACUAUACAGCGAAGGCUUUGAAAGAAGACGAUCAAGAAACUGCAUUGAAAGCAUUCCAGGCAAUCGUAGCGAAAGAGACCGAACCAACCGAGUGGGGAUUCAAAGCACUUAAGCAACAGACCAAGCUUCUCUUCUUAGUUUUACGACGCCCACAUGAAGCUCUUCGGACAUAUACCAAACUCCUCACAUACACGAAAUCUGUAGUGACGCGGAAUUAUUCUGAGAAGAGUAUCAACGGUAUUCUCGAUUAUGUUGGAGACGGGGGGAAGAAAGGUAAAGGCCGUAAAGUGGCGGCUGUGGCGGCGAAUCAGGAUGUCGAUGUCGAGGUACUCCAGAAAUUCUACGAAGUCACCAAAGCGAGCUUGGAAGACACGAAAAAUGAUCGUUUAUCGUUGAAGACCAACUUAAAGCUUGCAAAACUGUGGCUGGACAGGAAAGAAUUCGGUCGACUGAAUGCACUGAUAAGGGAGCUUCACCAAUCCGUCGAGGGCGGCGCCAGCGGUGAUACAGGGGACCAAUCAAGAGGGACGCUGCUACUUGAAAUCUACGCCCUUGAGAUACAAAUGUACAAUGAAAUGCGGAAUUACAAAAAGCUUAAGGAAAUAUACAAUGCCACCUUGGAGGUCCGAUCCGCCAUACCACACCCACGAAUCAUGGGCGUAAUAAGGGAAUGUGGAGGGAAAAUGUGGAUGGGUGAAAAACAGUGGGCUCGGGCAUCAACCGACUUCUUCGAAUCAUUCCGCAAUUAUGACGAGUCGGGAUCCCCUCAGAGAAUCCAAGUACUGAAGUACCUUGUACUUGCAAAUAUGUUGAUGGGGAGUGAUAUCAACCCAUUUGACAGCCAGGAAACAAAGCCAUACAAGAAUGAUCCGGAGAUAACAGCGAUGACGGACCUUGUUGGGGCGUACCAGCGCCGAGAAGUCCACGAAGCCGAGAAGAUACUGCGAGACAACAAGGCUACUAUCAUGGAUGAUCCAUUCAUACGAUUUUACAUAGGGGAUCUGCUCCGCACACUGAGGACUCAGUACUUGAUUGAUCUUAUCCGACCGUAUACUCGGCUCGAAUUAUCCUUCUUAGCAAAACAACUAAAUGUCGACAAGGAAGAGGUAGAAGAUCUUCUCAUUGGACUUAUCUUGGAGGGCAAAGUGAAAGGUCGAAUCGAUCAAGUGGGGGCAAGGCUUCAGUUAGACUCAAGCCGAACGCUCGAAAAGAGACGGUACGCUGCUCUUGAAAAAUGGACUGAGGGACUCGAGAAAGUGCAUGGUAGCAUUGUUGGGCGAUUUAUGGGUUCAGGUGGAACGGUAUCGGAUACUCGUGCCUUCUCAGAGUUUGCGUAG